CAUUUUGUUUGAAUUCCAGAUUCCUUUCCAAAACUUUUUUCCAACGAGUCGUCAAUGCGUAGAAACUGGUACUUCUCAAAUUCCACUGUCUUAGAUACAUCUCAGACACAUUACCACAAGGUUCCAUGAGUUUAACAGCUAUGAUCUCCUGCUGGUUUAACUUUAUCUUCUCAUCCUCUGUAAGAAACUCAUUUUUUAUCUGCUUGAAAGGGAUUGAGAGACGAUCAUGGUGAGGGUUCAAAUCAGUAGGAAACAGUUGUUUCAUGAUCACUAAUUUCACAUCAACGCCUCCUUGUUUUUCUAUUUUAUCCAUCCAUUCGUUAGGUAACUCCGGUGGUGAGUCUAAACCCAAUUCUUCAAAAUUGAAUCUCUUCAACAAUUUCUUUUUCUUGUAUUGAUGAUCUUCAACAAUAGUAUUGACGUUUUCAAAGAAUUGCUCCCUUUUCUUGUUCUCUAUCAUGCACUCAGCGGGCUUUCCACAGACAUGUAAAAAAUAAGGAAAAAGAGGAAGUUCCUUGAUGACUCUAGACUCUUUAUUUGCGCCCCGUCUUCUCUUAGGCACAAAAGCAGCAAGUAGGUCCUUUCUCAUGGCUUCCAAUUUCUUUCUCUCUUCUCAAGCAGAAAUUUUUCAAUAAGCAAAUGUAACACAAACAUAAAUAUUUAUAGUUUAGGGAAGCUCGUCCUUGUCCUUGUUGGACGAGAAGUUCAGGAUUAGUAGGGACCAAUUAAUCCUCAUUGUAAUCUAUCUGAUUUCACUGCUGAAUAUUAUUAUUAUUGAAAGUGGGGUCAUGGUAUUUUAGUCAUUGAAUGACUCUUUAACAGUAAAUUUGGAGAUAUAAUUGAAGUGGGAUUCGAUUGUCCCUUCCCCAUUAGGAUAUCUAUUGAUUAAUUUGCUAAACUCGACAUAGUUUAACGAGGGCAGUUAAUCCUUGUUCAAAUGGGCGAUUAGCAAAUGGCCAGUAAAGCUUAAAGAGAGCGAGUUGGAACUUGGAAGCGAGGAGUUUCAGUGUGUUGCAAAGUCAGAGAGAUGAGCGAACACUCUCUAUUUGUAGAUGCAUGGAUAAGAGAAGCACAAGAGGUUUCCAGGUUGGUGGAGGACAUAGAAAGCAAGAUCAACAACGGACACAGGCUUAGAGACUCUGCUCAAUCAACGCUUUUGGAGGUCGGAGUCAAGCUUGAUCGCCUUGAAUCACUCCUUCAUAACCCUCCUUCAAAACCCAUCUUAACUAAAGAAGAAACGAAAUUCCGAUGGGAAAUGCUAUCGGACCUCCGGCUAAGAACAAGAGUGCUGGCCUUCAGUCUAUAUGCAUCACCAUCUACAAAGAGGGGAGGAGGGAUGGCUGCUGCAAAUGCUCAAGGAACCAAUAGUCCCACCAUAAGCGAUGACCAAGGUCCUUUAUACUAUGAUGCAGAUCAAAUCAAGCCCUCCAUGUCCAAAGAUGAUCCAGAAAUACUCAAACCUCUUAUUUCAGAGGAUGCAUUGGAAAGUCAGAUGCAGAUGAAGCAAUGUGGCACUUGUACUUCAAUGAGUGUACUCAGGAAGGUGUGUAUGAUCAUCUGCUUGAUUCUUGGAGUAGCUGCACUCCUUUUUUUGCUGGUUAUCAUCUGUGCAGCUAUAUAAUCUAUGAUACAGUCUACUUAGAUCUUCCUGUUGGUAUGAUACUAGUGUGGCUUCUUCAUGAGUUCAGAGGUGUGGCUGUUUACUCAGAAAAGUAGCUAAAAGUUUUAUUAGUUAUUUAUAACUUUGAUCACUCUGAUUCCAAAGACCUUCCCACCGAAAGCAAAAAAAGAAAGGAAUAGAGCAGCAGCACCAUUUUCAAUCCCUCUCCUAUUCAGCUGUCUCAAGAGAUUGAAGCUCUAAACAAGAUGAGGAAAAGACUAAAGGUCAUAGAAAUAAAGUUUAGUAACUUGAGUUGGAAGAUGAAUAUCAACAAAAAAUUCCUGAGGUGGCUCAGGUUGCUGGGGACUGUGUAGACGGAUCAGCUCAAGGGUAAGGCGGUAAAAAAAAGAGCUUGAGGAAUUAUGCAAUUUUUAUUAUACAUUGGGGAAUGGAGAAUCAUCCAAAUUCAUGUAUAUAUUUCAUUUGAAUGUAAGAGGGGGUAAUAGUUGUUGCUUAGGAGGCAGCCCAGACAAUUGAGGGCCUUUUUAGUUCACAUGGUAAAUAUUAGCACUAAAUUACUGAUGAAACUUUACCUUUGUUGCA